UACUGUUUUUGUCUGUAAGAAGAAAGAACCUACAAUGCGUUCUCAGUUGUUGUCGCGCAGCUCGGCGCACGCUGCUACCGCAGCACCUAGGUGCCUUACUCGUGCUACAAGAGCAUUGCGACUAACAAGAGUUAUGUCUGCUGCCGCACAACCAGUGAGCAGCACCGUGGAGUUGAAGCCGGAAGUCGCGCACAAAUUGAGGACCGCUGAGGCCGUUUGCUUUGAUGUUGACAGCACGUUCUGCGAGGAUGAGUCCAUCGAUGAGCUCGCGGCUUUCCUGGGCGUUGGCGAGCAGGUUGCAGCGCUCACUGCCAAGGCCAUGGGCGGUACCGUCGAAUUCAAGGAGGCCCUACGCACCCGACUGGGGGUGAUGAAGCCCACCCGUGCUGACGUGGACCGAUUCCUGCGAGAGCACCCGCACCGGGUCACGAAGGGCAUCCCCGAGCUGGUGUCGUUGCUGCGCUCGCGGGGGCAGGAGGUGUUCCUGGUGUCGGGCGGCUUCCGACAGAUCAUCCACCCGUUGGCCGAGUCGCUGGGUAUUCCGCUGUCGCACGUCUUCGCCAACUCCAUCCUCUUUGACUCUGAGGGGCACUACGCUGGCUUUGACGAGAGCGAGUUCACCUGCCGCAGCGGGGGCAAGCCGGCAGCGGUACGGCACAUCAAGGACAAGUACGGCUACAGUAACGUGGUGAUGGUGGGUGACGGCGCCACGGACGCAGAGGCGCGCGUGGAGGGAGCGGCCAGCCUGUUCAUUGGGUACGGCGGUGUUGUCGUGCGCAAGAACGUGGCUGAGAAGGCGGAUUGGUUCAUCAUGGACAUCCAGCAAAUGAUUGAUGUGCUAAAGAGCGGCUGCUGCGGCAACUGCCGCAAGUAAACCACUGCAACAGCGACAACAACGACAACAACGACAACAACCAUUAACUAACUGCCCUUCACGGCUGAAAUAACAGCCAUGCAGCGACAAUCAGCGAUUGUUACUAUACCUAUGUUUCCUACCUAGCGUCCAAGGGUGCGCUUCAAGUGAUGAAAUUCAUGUUCUCUCUGGCUAAACUUUAUGCCUGGCUAGUAGGAUGUGUGUGCAGCAGCGUGCGCGGUCGGAGCUGAACUGCGUAUGCUGAGUGAACGACCGUUACAGCGGUUCCCUUAAAAGGGAACCAUUGUUAAUGCUAUGCUGAGUGGGGACACGGGAUGGUGCUCUGGAGGUUAACCUUGUGGCAAGGCUCAAGACCCAUGGGGCAUGCGAUGCCGACCCAAUGGAGGCCAUGAGGUGUAUGAUUGGUGUGAUUGGUCGCCACAGUUAGGGCAUGCGCGCAUGCUUACGGGUGUUGUAAGGUGUGAAAUGUGGGGGUGUACGGCGCUUACGCUUUGAUCUUGGCUGCGAUGUUGCAGCCAUGUAAAGGGUCUCUCACCUUCGCGGCGUGUGCUGGAGGACGGUGUGAUACGAGGGAAAACAUAAAUGAUAAGUGUAGCAGCGAGUCCCAGUCCCGUAUCCCAACUCAUGCAGUGAGCGCGGGGGUGAUGUCUGCGAGUAACGUUUUAAGUUUACAUGUUAUGCUUGGAUUCCGCAACUGAUGUGCCAUAGAAUGUGUCAGGGAACGUUACCCCAGAGGCACAGGCCAGACCA